AUGUAUCUAGAUUCCGGCUACCUCCGAUUGCUCAAACCGGAUCCAACAAAAUUCGCCUCUAGAAUCAAGUCGAGAUCUAAAAUUGUUGCACCUUACUUGUCUUUUGAUAGUGGAAUAUUUCCGAUCUGUUUGAUGACAUCGGUCAUUGAACACCUUUCAACGCCCUCGAAAGCGCUAGAUUUAGAAAACCAGCCACCUGCCAAACGAGCGAAGAACGACUUAUCUUCUGAAACGGAAUCUGGAACGAUACAAAUUCCUUCUUCAAACGGGCAACAACAACAAGGCAACUCUAACAAAAUGGAAGAAGCUAACAAAGCCAACAUAAAUGUCUCGGAUGAUCUUGAUAAAAAUCUUUAUUCACGGCAAAUUUAUACCCUUGGAGAAUCGGCAAUGGUUAAUCUAAGAACUGCAUCGGUUUUGAUUUCGGGCAUUGGUUCCGUUGGUGUCGAAAUAGCUAAGAACCUAAUUCUUGGAGGAGUACGUCAUGUGACUAUUCAUGACGCAAAAACAACUGAUUGGAAUGAUUUGUCUGCGCAAUACUAUCUUCGUGAGGAAGAUAUCGGACGGAAUCGUGCUCAAGCUUGCUUUGAGCGCCUUGCUGAGCUAAAUGACAGCGUCAAUGUCGAAUUGUGCAUAGAUCGUUUAUCAGAAGAUUUAGUGAAGAAGUUUGAUCUGACUAUUCUUACCGACGCUAGUAGAAACCUUCAGUUGGUGGUAUCUAAUUGGACCCGUUCAUAUAAUCGCAAACUACUGGUUGCUGAUGCUCGUGGCGUAUUUUCGUACAUUUUUGCCGAUUUUGGUGAAAAAUUUCGCAUUGAUGACCCGAACGGAGAGCAAGCACGCGAGUUCUUUAUAGAACACAUUGAUCGCGCGACCGGAGAUGUCACAACUUUGGAUAAUUCAUUCCAUGGUCUUGAAGAUGGAGAAUAUGUGACAUUUUCUGAAGUAAAAGGGCUCGAUGGAAUAAAUGACCUGAAACCGGUCAAGAUUACCGUAAAAAAUGCUUCGAAAUUCAACAUUGGAACUGUUGCUAAAGAUUUUCCUGAGUACAUCGAGGGUGGACGUUGCAAGCAAGUGAAAAUGUCAACAUUCACAGACUUCAAACCUCUAGAAAAAUCAUUGAUGGAGCCUGAGUACAUAAUUUGGGAUUUUGCCAAAUUUGAUUAUCCCGAUAAAUUGCAUUCGUUGUGGUCCGCGCUAUUUUCGUUUGAGGAAAAGUAUGGUCGGAAACCUGCUCCUCGCUCAGAAUCAGAUGUUGAUCUUUUGAAAAACGAGCUAGAUUCUGGAAUACAAAUCGACGACAACCUUGUACGCUUGUUUUCGUUUUCAGCUCGGGGAAAUUUAGUGCCCAUCGCAUCUGUUGUUGGUGGAAUCGCGGCGCAAGAAGCCAUGAAAGCGGUCACGCAUCAUAUGACUCCUCUGAAACAAUGGCUAUAUUUGGAUCACAUCGAAGCAUUGCCGGGUGAUUGGACGUCAUUCGACAAUUCUAAAUUGUCAGAAACAGAUUGUGCUCCUAGACAGUCAAGAUAUGACGGACAGGCGGCUGUUUUCGGUUGGGAUUAUCAAGAAAAUUUAUUUAAACAAAGAUGGUUCGUCGUUGGUGCUGGUGCGAUUGGCUGCGAGUUGCUAAAGAAUAUGGCAAUGAUGGGAAUAGCUUGUGGUGAAGGAGGUCUCAUAAAAAUUACUGAUAUGGAUCAAAUCGAAAUUUCAAACUUGAACCGACAGUUUUUGUUCCGAAAAAAGGAUGUCGGGGGAAAGAAGUCAGAAUGUGCCGCUCGUGCUGUAACAUUGUUCAAUUCCGAUGUGCAAAUUCAAGCUCUUUCGGAAAGAGUUGGGCCAGACACCGAGAACAUUUUUGAUGAUGCGUUUUUUGAGGAAUUGAAUGGGGUCGCGAAUGCAUUGGAUAAUAUUGAUGCCAGAAGAUAUAUGGACCGCCGCUGUGUUUAUUAUCGUCUUCCUCUUCUUGAAUCGGGAACAAUGGGAACUAAAGGAAAUACACAGGUUGUGUAUCCUUUCUUAACCGAAUCAUACAGCUCAUCGGUAGAUCCACCCGAAAAAGAAAUUCCUGUUUGUACUUUGAAGAAUUUCCCCAAUGAGAUUCAACACACAAUUGCAUGGGCUCGUGAGCAAUUUGAAACUUUCUUCUCGUCUCCAUCCGAAACCGCGAACAAAUUUUUGAAAGACGAACGUCUCUUCAAUGAUCAUGUUGAAAAGCUGAUGGUUGGACAGCAGAUUCAAGUUCUUGAACAAGUGAAAGAGGCAUUAAUCGAUGGGAAACCUUCUUGUGCGGAAGACUGUAUUCGAUGGGCUCGUCGGCAAUUUCAGGAGCUUUAUCAUAACAACAUUGCUCAGAUGUUACAUUCUUUCCCACCUGAACAAUUGACCGAUCAAGGGGCUAAAUUUUGGUCUGGAGCGAAGAGAUGUCCUCACGUUCUUAAUUUUGAUCCGUCAAAAGAAGAACAUUUCAACUUCGUUUAUUCAGCUUCAAUUUUAAGAGCCGAGAUGUACGGACUUCAACCUAUUCUCGAUCAUGAAACCGUUAUUCAGAUUGCUCUUUCUGAAACACCAGAGCCGUUUAAACCGAAAGCUGGCGUUAAAAUUGCUCUUACUGAUGCUGAAGCAAAGGAACAAAACACACGAGGGGAAGAUAUCGGAGAUGAUGACGCUGCUGUGGAAGCAUUAAAAUUGAAACUUGCUCGAUUGAAUGUAAAGGUAUUCCCGAAGUUGAACUGUAUCGAUUUCGAGAAGGAUGAUGAUACAAAUCAUCACAUGGAAUUCAUUACUGCGGCUUCGAACCUUCGAGCAGAAAAUUACGACAUUCAGCCAGCUGAUAGAAUGAAAACGAAACAAGUUGCUGGAAAAAUUAUUCCUGCUAUUGCUACUACUACUGCCGCAAUAGCUGGUCUUGUAUGUGUAGAGCUAUACAAAGUUGUAGACACCAACGGACUUCCAAAAACACCGAUUGAGAGAUUCAAAAAUUCUUUCAUCAAUUUGUCAAUGCCAUUCUUUUCCUCUGCUGAACCUAUUCUGGCCCAAAAGAAAAAGUAUGGAGAUAAAGAGUUUACGUUGUGGGACCGAAUCGAAAUUAAAGGCCCACUUAAUAUGCAAAUGUUUAUCGAUGAAGUUCAAGAAAAAACGGAUUUGGAAGUUUCUAUGCUCUCUGCCGGUUCUUGCUUGCUUUAUUCAUUUUUCAUGCAGCCUGCAAAGCGAGCACAAAGAAUGACAACUGAUCUUAAAGAAGUAUACGAAGAACUUAUGAAAAAGAAGCUCGGAAGUUACGUUCGCCACAUUGUUCUUGAACCAAUGAUGACCGACAAAGAUGGCGAGGACGUCGAAGUUCCUUAUAUUCGCUAUUCAUUGUAA